AAGCAGCUCACAUGCUGCCAUCACAUCAGAGUGGAAUAGACCGCUGCGUGCGCACUGCUGAUUCUGCUGACACGCUCUGCCUUCUCGUCCCCUACCUGACGUUUCUGCAUGAGAAAGAGCUGCCUGUGCUUGAGGUCUCAGCAGUCUGGCGUUGUGGAUGGUUUGUCUACCUCUAAUCCAAACCAAAAGAGAUUCUGUUGGCUCAGAGCCUGUGAAUGAGAGCCUAAAGCAAGCCGAGUAAAGGUGCACACACAGAGUUGAUUAAAAUGGGGGCUGUGAUCCCGAUGCUCCUUUCUGGAAUAUGGCAGCUAUUUCUGUGGCCAUGCCGGAUGUGAAAGCCCCACAAUGUGAGUACUCCCCAGCAGGCUCUCCUGCAGGCUGCAGCAUGGACUUGUCCAUGGACCUGUCCGUCCUCAGCUCCCCACUGUCUGCUUUCCCUCAUCAUGGCGUGCCCCCCUUCCCUGCCCAGGAUGUAGCUCCGGGCCACUGCAACAACAACAAUGGCCUGCUCAGCAACCUGGGGGUCUACUGCUCCACCAGCAGUAUGCAUCCCCUUAAACAGCCUGAUGGCCAGUCUGGCUACGGGGCGAUGUGCUUUCCACAGGGCUGCGUGAACACCGGCGGCACCCGGCUUUACCGCAGCCUGGAAAACCUGCACUGGGCUGCCAUGUCCGAUCCCAAUGCGUAUCCUUACAGGAGCGUGGACAGUGAGCUUAUACUUCACUGCACUUCAAGCAGCCACUGGUACAACGGACCUCCUCAGGGACCGCAGGUUUACGGCUUAAUGCCUUCCCAUGAAGGCAUGGCAAUCUACGGCCACCAAGGAGUGGUGAGGAAGGAUAUACCGCUCUUCCCACAAUGGCUUUUACCUGCGGUUGAGGACUGGGGCAUGAACGGAAAUGCUCGGAAGGGUCUUCGAGACAAGCUGCGGCUCCAGAGCACACGUGUGACGGAGCCUCACAAGCCCUUACGUCCUCAACCUGUGCUUGGUAGUGCACCUUCUCCGCUGUAUCCGUGCGAUCAGGACGUAGCGGUUCGGCCAUCAUUGCACAGGAAUGUACAGCAAGAGUUGAGUGCCCGUCGCAUCACCAGUCCCGAGGAGAUCAAACAGGAAGCACUCCGACGACUGCAGCUCCGAAGGCAACGAAGCACCCCUAACUUGACACUGAACUCUAGACAGGAGUCUAGUACCAUGAGUAAAGCUCAUACGGCAGAUCCCAUCUGCACUAACUCUGCCCAGUCGACCCCUGAGAGGAAAAGAUCCCCGAUGGGCCGCCUGCACAUACCUACAUUUGAGGAGUUUAAGAGAAUGAGACAAAAGGAGGGCAUUAAAAACCACAGGUCCUCUGAAAUGGAGAGUAACGACAAGCAUAGAGAGGAAAGAAUACAGACAGAGGAAACGCAAAGUGCUGAAAGGACUGACAUUGACAUCAACACAGCUCAGGAUUCGAACCACAGCGGAGCGGAGACGUCUGAGCCCAGUUCCACCGCAGAGGUCCCAGGAGGACCCAUCUGCACAGGCCCAGUUGCUCGCUCUCCAUUACACCCUCAAGCUGCUACAGGAAGAGGCAAGGAGACAAAGGGCCCAGCAGGCCCUGGGGCCACAGAUGUAGCUGUUCUCCCCUUCCCGCCCCGCAGGGAGAGUGGCGAUGGCCCAUCCAGCUGCUGCCCGGCAAUCCUUCUGGACGGAACAGACCUUUCCAGCUAUGGAGCCAAAAUCUACAAAAUGAGGGAUGGCUUCCUGGGAUCCGCCCUGGACCUUAUUAAAAAAAGCUGCAGUGCAGAGAUUGCAGCCGAGUCUCCCGUCCGAUUGUCGCGUGAGCAGAAUGACGUCAGUGACAUCACUGCUCCCCAGCCCAGCCAUCAGUCUGCCCACGUUGCCAUGACAACAUUGGCCUGCGGAGAGGAGGCUUGCACCGAGCCCGUGGGACAACGGGGGAAAGCAGCGACAGAAUGCGUUUCUGGGGCGGGCUGCAGACGCUCCAGCUCAGACGCGGCCUAUGAGCUGGCUGAGUCAGUGAGGGCCCAGCGUGAGUGCCGCCUGCGGCCCCACUACAGCGACCCCAUGCCUGCAGACGCCACCAAGCGUAAGCAGCUAGAGAUGAAGAUCGCCGCCGCGGCACGUUUGCACAUUCACCGCAGAGACAGGGACAGUGUGCCAGGCACAGCCAGAGGCCGCUCGGAGCCCAGAGGUGAGGAGAGGAGCAGGGGCCUGGGUGUGAGGCGCUCAGCACAGCACCGCUGGAGUACCGUCAGCAGCCUGAGCGCAGACAGCGGUGUCGUAGGCUUGAGCGAUGAGCGUGAAGAUGAGGAAGACCCCCGCCGCCCCCGCCACAGUGCCGGAGCCGAGGUAGAACGUGUGGACAGCGGCAUCGGCCCUGGACUGGCUCGGGGCUGGAGGAGACCCUCGCCGUCCCUCAGGGCCUGGGACGCUCAGCAGCCCUGUCCCGACUGUGGACACAAAGAGGGGGCCCGCGAGGAAGGCAUGUGUGAACGCUGCUCCAAGCUACGCACAGAGCGCAAAGAGGCCAUCCUAGAGUUUCUCAACACUGAGUCGAGUUAUGGCGAGGACCUGCGUAUCAUCAAGGAAGAGUUUUACUGCCCCAUGCAGAGUGCAGGGCUGCUCACAGCAGAGCAGCUGGCCGUGGUCUUCAGCAACGUUCAAGAGCUCAUUGAUGUCAAUGACAGGUUCACAGAGCACCUGCAGGACAGCAUUGAUCAGGCUUUUGAUCAGGGCGAUGAGGACCUGCAGACUGCGUGCAUUGGAGAAAUCUUCUUGGAGUUUGUCAACAUGCUUCCAGCGUUUCAGACCUACUGCCUGCAGCAGUCCACAUCUGUGAACAUGCUCAACACACUGGAGAAAGAAAAAGAGCUUCUUAGGAUAUUCCUCGAUGUGUCCCAGAAUGACAACACAGCACUCAGGCGCAUGAACUUGCGCUCCUUCCUCAUGGCGCCGCUUCAGCGUGUGACCAAGUACCCAUUACUGCUAAGUCGCAUCAGCAAGGUCACCAACGAAUGUCAUCCAGACUACUCCCGCUUAAAAGAGGCCAAGAGCCGCGUGGAGUCCCAUCUAGAGCACAUCAACAUGAAGACCAAACAGGAGGGGACCGCCACAUGGUCCUUGCGCUCUUUCCGGCGCGACAGUCGCAAGAACCGAGAAGUCAUCAACAUUGAGAUGAGAGAGCUGUCGAUGAAGACGGUGGGCUGGACGCGAGAGAGCACGCGCUUCAUCAUGGAGGGGCCACUCCAGUUGGCGCAGCCCGCCGAUGGCCAGUGGCUUAAGAAGGGAAGCAAAUCCCUCAAAUUCCAGAACGUUCAGAGUUUACUCAUGGUACGCACCCUGCGCAAUGCAGACACGGUGACUGAAGGGAGUCUGGAGACCUCGGAGACGGUGCAGGACGGUGUACUGGUGCUCAUCAAGGACAAGAGCAGCGGGAAGUUCAGUGUGUUACGGGAGCCAAUCCAUCUGGCGAACUGCGUGGUGUCCGCCGACGCCGACUGUGAAGACACCUUCGAGGUGCUGGACAUCCGACGCGAGGCCUUCGUUUUCCGUGCCUGCGACAAACCUCGCACUCAGCAGUGGUUUCGUCAGAUCAAGAGAUACGCUUGUGAUUUGGGAUCCUGGAGAAAGAGACGCAACGCUCUCCCAAAUAUCAUGAUUAACACAACCCAGAGCCGGUCCUGAGACUGAGCCCUUAGCAACACAUCCCUCAUCCCUUCCCAGUAUAACUCUGAUGUAAAUAAUAAUAAAUAAAAAAAAUCUAUAUUUUGUUGAGCGAACAGUAUUUGUGUGGGGAAACCGUAUCUAAGUAGAUGUUUCAUUACCACUGGACUAUUACAUUGCAAGGUUUUACUGUGAUUUGACUGAAUAUUAAUAUAGACUGCAAGAGGGCACUUUGUAUGAGUGGAAAGCAAGUAAAUGACAUUUGGGAAGAGGAAAAAUCCACUGUCAAGCAAAAAGUAAUGCCCCUUUGGCAUACCAAAAUGAGGGCCUUGUUAGGCACCUCACUGCUGCACUUGUAAAACACUGAUUGUACGACCAGUUUUCUACUGAGAAGAAAUGUUCUGUUGUGAAGAGGUAUUUGUGAUAAGCAUGAGGGAACAUGCUUGUUAUUAGAUGGACUUU